CACGAAAACGGGGACUGGUAAUUACCGUUUGAUACGGUAAUUAAGGCUCAUUCACUUUCCCUGGACCACCGAAGGAACCACCAACGGAGGGUAAGCCUCGGGGCUUCUUGCGUUACUCUCUCCAACGAAAAGUCCACUCCGGACGAUACUGCUGGGUGGUAACCACUUGGUAAGUUUGAAGUGUACUCCCCGUUACGCUGACCGUCUUUACCCAACUUUCUUACGCAGCUUUCGCCUUUCACCCAGCUUACCAGUUUACGGCUUACCCAGCCCGUCUUUCUUCGUCUCUGUGCCACUCAAUGAGCCGCGCCUUCGUUCAUCCUUUCUUCCUUUCUCUCCUCCCCACCAGGUUCAAAGGGCUAUUUUUGCACCUCUCCAGUCUCUUUGGGAUCCUCGAUUGUGUUCAUUUACAUUGUCCUCGACGUAUAUAUACAUCUCUCCGGGAUCAUCCUGCUCACUAUACACCCCCGCCGACACCUGACCCCCUCCCCACAGACUACGAGCACCGACAGACAGAUCCGAGUGCGACACGGAGAGAGACAUAGAAGGGAGGGCACAUAUGCACCAUGCCUCCUCGAAGCUCGCUGACGAGCUCGUUCUCGGUCACCGACGCCAACAACGAAGUCAUUUGUCCCUUGAAAAAUAACGAUGGGUCCAGUUGUCGCAAGCGAUGUACGGGAGAAAAGCGCUUUCGCUCCAUGCAGGAGCACAUCCGACGUGCGCAUCCGAACCACUACAUCCCGAAGCUCCCGGCUACCGAGGAGAGCUUCCUGUUAAUGGUGACCACCCCGCCCGAUCAACGUGCGCACUUGUCCCCGCCAGAACCAGCUCGUCCUCGUCGCCCUCAUGGCCAUGACAUCGCGGAUAGAGACAUCUACGUUGCUGAUGCCAGCUCUCCGGCCACCCCUCGAGCUCUCGAUGAACCCCACCCCGCCGCUGCGACCGCGGCCGUUGCGCUCGCUCAAUUGCACCACCACCGCCUGGCCUCCGACUGGGAUACUGAUAUGGACACCCACUCCGACACCGAUAUUCACCAAGGCCGUAUGCGCUCUUCCAUAGAACUCCCAUCGCUGCGCGACCACUUCAAGCAAGAGUCCUUGCCGCCUUUCUCUUCGCCUCGCCCGCGGGAACUCCUUCCGUCCAUUCUCAACCACUCUCCCCCCGGUCGCUCUUCGACUCUUCCUCCGAUCCAGCGACGAGACAAGCCUUCCCGCCCGCGCAAAUCGUCCAUCACGCAAUCGGCCCGCAAACCCAAGCACGACCGCCCGAGAUCAAAGGAAUUCGGUCGACGCCCGAGUCUCGGCGAUCGCAAGGCCCUGUCCGCAGAGCCGCAGACUGCCGCGUGGGCACAGGGCAAGCGCUGGGAGGAUCUCAUCGAAGCGGCUACAUCCGCGACGGAAGCUGAUGAUGAGCGGUAUUCCGAGGUCAGUUUCAGCGACACCCAGGCUAGCGAUCCCAUGAUGAUUGACAGGAUGGAACUUGAUUUCCAGGCUGGUCAAUCCCCAACGAUCGCUCCACUGCUUGCAAACGUCACAUCUGCACCCUCGGGAUUCAAGAACCGGUCUUCUUUACCUCCAGCUUUCCAAUCAGGCUCGGGGCUUCCACCGCUAUCAUCGCACCGACAGUUCCCGCCUCAUUCAUAUGCAGCUUCGCCAUUACACAAGUCGCUCACCCCUCCACCCUUUGAAGGCCAUCGCGGUCGCGACAAUGAUUUGGAACCUUUCCCAUCCAUUGAAUCGUCCCUGGAUUCCAUGUCAUCCGCCUCGGGAAAGAAUUUCCCCUCAUCAACAUCCGGCAUCGCGCGCUCUAUCAAUUCCGACUCCAGUCCCGUGUUGAAUCUCAUUCCACCACUCUCCCAAAACCGCCAGCACCAUCGCUUCUCGAACCCCACGCCCGCGUCGUUCCGCAAUAAUGAUAUCCAAAUCUAUUGCGCACACUGCAGGCGGCCCUGGCCGCUGAAUGAGUGCUACGCUUGUACGGAGUGUAUUUGCGGCGUGUGUCGCGAAUGCGUCCCCAUGUUCAUCUCCAGUCCACCAGCCUCCUUCCGCACUCCUGGUAAUGGUUCGCUGAACAGUGCUCCACCUCCGGGUCCGACUAGUUAUCCCAGUGUCAGGGGGUGUCCUCGUUGCCGGUCGACUGGGGGCAAGUGGAAGGCUUUCCAGAUUGACGUUAAAUGAUCUGCUUGCCGCCCACUUCACUUACUAUAUCCAUGGACCCUUGACCUUGACGGGCCAACAACUCAUGGGAUGUGAGCCUUACGGAUGUUAUGAAUUAUGCCUGAUUUGAGAUAUAUGGACAUUCCUUUUUUUGUUUAUUUUUUGUGCAAUUUUUUCGUUGUGGGGGCGCUGGGUGGAUUGGAUCACUUCACCGCACGACACGAUCUACAGAAUCUUGAUCAACUUGUUGAUUUGAAUUCAGCAGAGAAGACAAGAUGUGUUACAGGAUGCGUCAUUUGAAUGGAGUACAUUUUUCGGUGCUGGAUUCCGAAUUGAAAAAAAAAUUGUAAAGAAGCUGGUACUUUUCUUUGCAGUGGACUGAGAUGGUCAUUCUUUCCUUUCUUGAUCUCAUGUCUAUCUUCUUUUCUUCUCGUUUCUCAUGCUCUUGGUUUGGUGUGGUUACCGGUGGCAUAUUGGGGUUUUUAUAGGGGGUUUUCUUUUUGUGUCCAGGUUGCAAUUUCAUCUGAUUUUUUUCUCAUUUUCUAUCAUGUCUAUGUUCAUGUUCAUGUUGAUGGUUACAUUUAUGUCUAUGUCUAUGUCUACGUUCUAUGUCCAUGCUUCAGUUACGUCCUCCAUGAGUUACGUGUCUUUUUGAUUUUGAUUCUGUCGUUCCAUUUUCGAAUUCUUUCUACCGUCCAUAUCCCCCUGGAUUACCUCGUGAUACGCUCUUGUACUUCUGAGUACCCUACUCUCCGUCAUGAGUGUCUAGGGUCUGAGGUUCUCGUUCUAUAGAAGGGGGUGGUGGAUGGCAUGGGAUAGGACAGGAUGGGGUGGGUUUAGCGUGGACGUGGAUCUCAGUCUGGCUAUACUAGCCAGGUUGGGUCUGCUUUCAUCUAUUUCUCUAUCUCUUUCGUCUUUGGGGGUCAUGAUUACGGUGGUUAUCUCGUAUAUUUUCAUAUUUCAUGUUCACAUUUCAUAUUCAUAGUUAUACAUUUUUGGAGUAUAUUGUCAAUUCAUUUGAUC